AUGGAUUCUCGAAAUUUUCUCGCAUUUUCACUAUGUCUUACUCUGAUUUUCCCUCUAAUUUCGUCUGCUUCCAUCAGAUUGUGGAGUAGUAGUUAUAGAGAAGGGACUGUGAUAAAGCAGAAGAGGAGUGGUUCGUCUCUAGUUAUUGAUCCAAGUCGUGUCACUCAGCUCUCUUGGACUCCUAGGGCGUUUUUGUACAAGGGGCUUUUAACAGAUGAAGAAUGUGAUCAUUUCAUCAACUUGGCGAAAGGGAAGCUUGAGAAGUCAAUGGUUGCUGAUAAUGAUUCAGGUGAGAGCGUGGAAAGUGAAGUUCGCACUAGUUCUGGAAUGUUUCUCUCCAAAAGACAGGAUGAUAUUGUAGCUAAUGUCGAGGCUAAACUUGCUGCGUGGACUUUUCUUCCCGAGGAAAAUGGUGAGUCCAUGCAAAUACUGCACUACGAGAAUGGUCAGAAAUAUGAACCGCAUUUUGACUUCUUUCACGACCAAGUAAACCAAGAGCACGGUGGUCAUCGGAUCGCCACUGUAUUGAUGUACUUGUCCAACGUCAAAAAGGGUGGAGAAACAGUCUUUCCCAUGUGGAAGGGAGCAACAGCUCAACCCAAAGACGAUACCUGGACCCAAUGUGCAAAACAAGGUUAUGCAGUGAAACCGAUGAAAGGGGACGCAUUGCUCUUCUUCAAUCUUCAUCCGAAUGCAACAACAGAUUCUAGCAGCUUACAUGGAAGCUGUCCAGUGGUUGAGGGAGAGAAAUGGUCAGCAACUAAAUGGAUUCAUGUGAAGUCGUUCGAAAUACCGGUUUCCAGGACAACUGGGUGUGUGGACGAGAACGAGAGCUGCGAGAAAUGGGCAAAGGCAGGGGAGUGUCAGAAGAAUCCAACGUACAUGGUUGGUUCAGAAACAGACCAGGGAUAUUGCAGAAAGAGCUGCAAAGCUUGCUCAUCUUAA